GUGAAUGGAGAUGAGGGGGGCAAUAAUAUCCCAUCUGGACACACACUCGUGCAUGUAGUUGGAAAAUGUUGUCUGAUUUGUUCUCCAAUACAAUACAGUUAACACAUGUGGGCAGACCCAGUACGAAUACACAAAUACAAAGCGCUGGCUAAAGCUAUUUCCCAGCGCUAACAAGGAGCUACAAUGAGAGGGAAUACUGUACGUGUAUUCAUAAGGUCACCUUAAACACCAUUUCAAAUGAAUGAGUGUUGCUGCCUGUCUGCUGGAUGUGUAAACAGGCAGCUGUUUGCUAAAAACUCAGUUUUCAUAUAAACUUAAAAAAGCAAUAAUGUGUCGAUGUCUCCUGCUGCCAAAAUAUCUGUUAUUGCUUGAUUGUUUGAUGACAGUUUGUACCAGUAACACAGCUCACCGAAUGCAAAACAGAAGUCAGUGGUUGUUAGAAUUUGAUUGUUUAUGUUUAAUUAUUUAAGGAACAGUUUCAGACAGAUAGAUUGAUAGGUUUGAACUUCGUUUGGGAAAGCUCGCGUCUCUUUUUCCACAAGACGUAAGAUGAUAGUUCAAGGUCUGCUCUGCUCAUUAUUGGCAAGAACUAUCAACUGUCGGGUGCUCGUGUGUGUAUGUGAUUGUGUGUGUUUUGGUUUACGUUGGCAGGACACUGAGGAAAGGGAGAAGUGUUAACUAAGAAUAUGGGUGAGCUAGUGUGAGGUUUUGUGUGUGUGUGGAGACAGUUUCAUACAUAUUUGGUUUCUGCAGACCCCCUUUUCAGCAGCCACACACACACACACACACAAGGACACAUGGCUAUUCUGUUCAGUAUGUUUGAGGCUGAAAGCAGCAAGAAUGUCUAUCAGAGGUGCGCAGACGAGAAAAGAGGAAUGCUUUACGAUUGGUUUAAAAAGAACAUUUCUCUCAGUCAGUAGAGCGGAAAUGUAAAACACGGUAAGCCGAGCCAAGGCAAAAUACCUCCUCUACCACGGCACUGUAUGAUGUAUGCUGAGUGCAACUCUAUGUGUGUGUGUGUGUGUGUGUGUGUGUGUGUAUACAGCGUGAUUUCAAAAACAGUGGGUUUUAAAUCCAAUUCCACUGUACACUGUAUCCUGCUUUCAGAAGCAGAGGAUCCAGAGGAAAAUAUUUGAAAGUGAAUAGAGCUUCUGUAUGUUCUCUGUAGGUCAGCGGGGCCAAACCAACGCUUUAGCAUACAAACCAAAGGCUAAGUGCUUCUGCAAUCCCAAAACUACAGCCGAACAAUUCGUCACUUAAAGCAAACGCCAAACGUCUGAAAGGCUUUAAACUAAACUAAUACACACACGUUUGUCUCGGCGAAGCAUUAGCAGCACUUAGCACAACACUCAAUGAAUCAAUUACGUGUCGUCUCUUACCUUUUAUUAGAAGUAACGUGUGCACGACUUACAUUAACGGGAGUUUUUGUUAAUGUUGCGGUGACAUUGGCCUUCCUUUUAGAGGGACACUUCACUUUAAAACGCUCAGCGCUCAUUCAGGACCAGCUUCACAGUAAACAGCAAUGAUCAUGCACAUCGGAGAUCAAGACAAAUGCUCGUCUUGUCUCAUAGAUUGCAAACUAAUCAAAGAUCAUAUUAAUGAAGCAGUCAUAGUUUUUUAUUCCCACCUUGCUAAUUUAACUUGAACAACAUGUUUACUGAGGGUCUGCAUGACAAAGCGCUACUCUUUACUCUCUACUCUAGGUCUGUUUCUAUGCUAAGAGAGUGGAAAAUGCACGAUCCUGUUGUUAAACAAAGGAUGAUAUUUUCCCCCAUAGCUGCAUAACACGCACAAGGUUACCUUUCCACAUGCAGGCAGUUAUUAACAGAAACCAUACGUUCACUUGUCCUCGCUUCUGAUGCGGUGUAUAUUGUUGCACACAUGCAAACGUGCACCCUAUAGUCACACACGUUCUGCUCUUUUAACCCAUGCAGAGAGAGCUACCUGACGGCAAGAUGUAAACUGACACACACACACUGUGGGAGACAGGAAGCCAUGGCGUCUAACAAACACACACAGCAGCAUGUGUUACACAUCAGUUGAACUACAUUGUGUACAUCCAAGCCGAGUUCAUGACAGAAUAGUUUGGAGUACGCCGUACUUCGUGCCCUCUACGUGUCCCAGCGUUUUUUCCGCAUUAUGACCGGAGGUGACUCGCUGUGACAAAAGACUUAAUUGAAGUGAAUGGGAGUUGCACGAAGAGAGGCUGGUUUGAGAGAAUGACGCCAAGAGGAAUGCGAUCCCGGUGCAAUCUCUUGAGGCUUUUGAGUCACAGCCAACCAUGCAGCCGGCAGCAGAAGACAGUCGCUUAGUUUGAUGUUAACUUGUUUCUCCUCUGGCGGCUGUCACCUCGUGGUAUCCAUCUGUAGAGGGGAGCUCAGAUCAGCGGGGCAUCUGAGGGCCUGUCGCUCUGCUCUCCAUCACAGCCGCUGCCGCCGCCGCCCGCUCUAGGACACAGGUAGAGAGAAGCCACUGAAUGCGAAGGAGAUUUCUGCUGCUGGCGCUGCUGGUUGCUGAUAGUGCUUCAUGGUGGCUCGCUCCUGUGUACCUUCUAACGCGCCCUCUUGUGUAUCUCGGCGUUGGGGUUUGCCGCUCUUUCGGUUCCAACGUUUCAUUAUCGUCUUGGGUUUGGUUAGUUUCAUUACAGCUGAAACGAUUUGUUAAUUACAGUUGCGUAUAUGUAAGUGUACCUUUUCAUUAUAUCACGACCACAAAACAUAUGGAAGAUUUUAUCUUCUCCUACUUUUGGUAAAGGGCACAGAGGACACAUAUCAGUGACCACUAACUACCAGUGACUUGACUCAGAUGUUAUUGUGGCUUUUCUUAGCUGCAUCUCUCCGAGCCAUUUUAUUAAACACAAGCCGUGCGUUGCUCUUAGCUCAAUGAAUCAGAUGGCUAGCAGUGACCCGCGUGCUAUUUCUAUCAGCAACGUCGCCAGUACAAGCCACGUAUCAUUUCAAGUUGAUUGUUUUCAGCCAGCCGCCGGGGACAAGCGGCGUCUCUCUGUGUUAGAGCCACUUCCUGUUUUCGGGCUGGGCCACCGGCGGGCUAGCUCACGCAUUGGUGGGCCCCCGAGGCCUGCGGUGAUGGGCACAGAUGAUCAGCUGAAGGCCCCUGGCGGUUGAGUCAGAGGUGAUCCUGAUUGGCCCUGAGUGACGGCCGUUGGAGCUCAGACUCCUGGUGGUUUGGUUAAUGAGCGGAGACGCAGACACGCACAGAAAAAAACCCCAACGUACAGGAAGGAAAACAAAAAGUUUUACAGGAUAAACUCAAAAGGAGAAAUCAUGUUGCAUAAAAACUAAUUAGAUUUAGUCAAUAAUUACUGAUACUGUGAGGUGAACUAAAUGUGAUCAUGUUUGCUGUUCGCAGGGAGCUGUACGUUUGAUGAGGGCUUCACUCAGUGUGAUUACCAGCAGGAUCCCUACGAUGACUUCGACUGGACGUACAUCAACACACAGGAAGUGCCGUACGUCUCACCAGAACUGCCACAAGGUUCUUACAUGUUUGUGGACUCCUCGCAGUAUGACGUCGGGGAGAAGGCCAGGUUCCAGCUGCCGGUCAUGAAGGAGAACGACACUCACUGUAUCGACUUCAACUAUCUCCUCACCAGCCCCGACGGCUCCAGCCCCGGCACCCUCAACGUCCUGGUGAAGGUAAACAAGGGUCCUCUGGCCAACCCGAUAUGGAACGUGACGUCCCACACUGGUAAAGACUGGCUGAGGGCCGAACUCGCUGUCUCCACCUUUUGGCCCAAUCAAUAUCAGGUCAUAUUUGAAGCAGAGGUUCCGGACAGCAAAGCCGGCUUCAUCGCCAUCGACGACAUUCAGGUGCUCAGCUACCCGUGCGAUAAAUCCCCUCAUUUCCUGCGUCUCGGGGACGUGGAGGUGAACGCCGGACAAAACGCCACAUUUCAGUGCAUCGCUACAGGACGAGACACAUCGAAAAAUAAACUCUGGCUACAGAGGAGGAACGGAGAAGACAUUCCCGUGGCUCUGACGAAAAACAUCAACCACAGACGCUUCGCCGCCUCCUUCCACCUCAAAGAAGUAACCAAUCAGGACCAAGAUCUGUACCGCUGCGUCACUCAAUCAGAGCGUGGCUCCGGGGUGUCAAACUUUGCGGGUCUUAUCGUCAGAGAGCCGCCGCACCCCAUCGCCCCACCCCAGCUGCUAGGUGUCGGCCCUACAUAUCUGCUGAUUCAGCUGAAUGCUAACUCCAUAUUUGGGGAUGGACCUAUUAUACUGAAAGAGGUUGAGUACCGUAUGACAACAGGCAGCUGGACGGAGACUCACGCCGUGACCUCUCCCAACUAUAAGUUGUGGCAUCUUGACCCGGACACAGAGUACGAGAUCAGAGUGCUGCUAACCCGACCGGGGGAGGGAGGGACGGGCAAAGCUGGACCACCGCUCAUCACCCGGACCAAAUGUGCAGAGCCUAUGCGGACUCCGAAGAGGCUCAAGAUUGCGGAGACCAGAUCUCGUCUGAUAGCAGUGGACUGGGAGUCGUUGGGUUACAACAUCACUCGCUGUCACACCUUUAACGUCACCAUCUGCUACCACUAUAUGACUGCCAGCAACCGCAGCAAAGCUGACUGCUUGGACAUGGACCCUAAAGCACCACGCCACCUGGUGGGGAACCUGCCACCCUACACCAACGUCAGUCUGAAGAUGAUUCUGACCAAUCCAGAGGGAAGGAAAGAGAGCGACGAGACCGUCAUACAAACUGAUGAAGAUGUUCCAGGCUCAGUUCCCAGUCAGUCACUAAGAGCCACUCCAUUCGAAGACCGAAUUCUUCUUUACUGGAAGGAACCAUCUGAGCCCAACGGAGUCAUCAUACAAUAUGAGAUCAGCUACAGCGGUGUGCGUUCGUUUGACCCUUCGGUGCCUCUCCAGCGGCCGGGACUCACGGUCCUGCCCUCCAACGCCACACAUCACCUCUUUUCCCAGCUCCACCCAGGCGUCACGUACCAGCUCUCUAUACGCGCAUCCACCUCCAAAGGGUUCGGCCCCGCAGCCACACUCAACGUGACUACUAAUAUUUCAGCCCCGACAAUAGAUGAGUACGAUGGGUCAGAGGCCUUCCUGAAUGAAACUGCAACAACCAUCACUAUCCUGCUCAAACCUGCCCAGGCCAAGGGGGCCCCUAUAAGUGCCUAUCAAAUUGUAGUUGAGGAAGUGAAUCCUCACCGGACACGUCGUCAAGCUUCCUCUGACUGUUAUGAGGUCCCGGUUUCCUACCACAGUGCGUCUAGCGGUGGAUCUCCGUACUAUUAUGCCGCCCAGCUGUCCCCCAGCCACCUGCCGGAGCCGCUCCCCUUCACUGUUGGAGACAACAAGACGUAUCAGGGUUUCUGGAAUCCUCCUCUGGCCCCGAGAAAGAACUACAACAUCUAUUUUCAAGCUGUUAGCAGCACGGAGAGGGAAACUAAGACACAGUGUCUGAGGCUUGCUACUAAAGGUGCUACAGAGGAGCCAGAAGUCAUUCCUGACCCCGCUAAGCAGACGGAUCGGGUGGUGAAGAUCGCUGGGAUCAGUGCUGGGGUCCUCGUCUUUGUACUGCUGGUGCUGGUAGCCAUCCUAUUGGUCAAGAAGAGGAGGACCUACUAUUCAUACUCUUAUUACCUGAAACUGGCAAAAAAGCGCAAAGACGCCAUCGGAACGACGCGGCAGGAAAUGACUCACAUGGUGAAUGCCAUGGAUCGCAGCUAUGCUGACCAGAGUGCUCUGCAUGGAGAAGAUCCCAUGGCCGUGACAUUCAUGGACUCUCACAACUACAACAACAGAUUGCCCAACGAUCCCCUGGUUCCAACAGCUGUGCUAGUUCCAAUCACAGAUGAGAACCACAGUGCCUCUGGAGCGGAGAACAGCCGGCUCCUGGACGUUCCUCGGUAUCACUGUGAAGGAACCGAGUCUCCUUAUCAGACGGGACAGCUCCACCCCGCCAUCAGAGUGGCCGACCUCCUGCAGCACAUCAACCUCAUGAAAACCUCUGACAGCUACGGCUUUAAGGAGGAGUAUGAAUUGGUGAUACAGAGCUUCUUCGAGGGCCAGUCGGCCUCCUGGGACGUGGCUAAGAAGGAGCAGAACCGCACCAAGAACCGCUAUGGGAACAUUAUAGCAUAUGACCAUUCAAGGGUUAUUCUCCAGCCCAUAGAAGACGACCCCUCCUCCGACUACAUCAACGCCAACUACAUCGAUGUAAGUGGAAACGCAUCGAAUGCUACUAUUGGCUCCCAACGAAACCAACGAAACCACACUCCCUCGCUCAUUUGGCUGUACAGGGAUGGCUACCAGAGACCAAGUCACUACAUUGCUACUCAGGGUCCUGUUCAUGAGACCGUGUACGACUUCUGGAGGAUGGUGUGGCAGGAACAGUCGGCCUGCAUCGUCAUGGUAACCAAUCUGGUGGAGGUUGGACGGGUUAAGUGCUAUAAGUAUUGGCCAGACGAUGCAGAGGUGUACGGAGACUUCAAGGUGACGUUUGUGGAGGUUGAACCUCUUGCUGAAUAUGUGGUCCGCACAUUUACGCUGGAGAGGCGUGGUUUCAACGAGGUACGGGAAGUCAAGCAGUUCCACUUCACAGGCUGGCCUGAUCACGGAGUUCCAUAUCACGCCACAGGACUACUUUCCUUCAUCCGCAGAGUUAAAAUCUCAAAUCCACCGUCUGCUGGUCCAAUUGUGGUCCACUGCAGUGCUGGAGCAGGGCGGACAGGCUGCUUCAUAGUAAUCGACAUCAUGUUGGACAUGGCGGAGAGAGAAGGUGUGGUCGACAUCUACAACUGUGUGAAGGCUCUUCGCUCUAGGAGGAUCAACAUGGUACAGACUGAGGAGCAGUAUAUAUUCAUCCACGAUGCCAUUCUGGAGGCGUGUCUAUGUGGAGAAACAGCUAUACCAGUCUGCGAGUUCAAAGCUGCUUUUUAUGAGCUGAUCCGCAUCGACUCGCAGACCAACUCGUCCCAUCUGAAGGAUGAGUUCCAGACGUUAAACUCGGUGACUCCUCAGCCUCAGCCUGAAGACUGCAGCAUCGCAUUGUUGCCUAGAAACCAAGACAAGAACCGCUUUAUGGACGGCCUUCCUCCUGACAGAUGCCUUCCCUUCCUUAUUACGAUAGACGGAGAAAGCAGCAACUACAUUAAUGCUGCUCUGAUGGAUCUCUCAGAGGAGUUCCAGAGCUACAGACAGCCUGCUGCAUUCAUCGUUACCCAGCAUCCUUUGCCUAACUCUGUCAAAGACUUUUGGCGUCUGGUUUACGACUACGGAUGUACCAGUUUGGUGAUGCUGAAUGAGAUCGACCUGGCUCAGCAGGGUUGCCCUCAGUACUGGCCGGAGGAGGGCACGCUGCGUUAUGGUCCGGUCCAGGUGGAAUGUAUGUCCUGCUCAAUGGACUGCGAUGUGAUCAGUAGACUCUUCAGAGUCUGCAACCUCACCAGGCCACAGGAAGGCUACCUGAUGGUCCGUCAGUUUCAGUACCUGGGGUGGGCGGGACACAGGGAAGUCCCCGCCUCCAAACGCUCCUUCCUGAAACUGAUCUUGCAGGUCGACCAGUGGCAGCGUGAGGGAGAGGAGGGAGAGGGAAGAACCAUCGUGCAUUGCCUGAAUGGAGGCGGGCGUAGUGGCGUUUUCUGUGCCAGCAGCAUUGUGUGUGAGAUGGCCAAGAGACAGAGUGUGGUCGACGUCUUCCACGCCGUGAAGACCCUGAGGAACAGCAAACCCAACAUGGUGGAUACUCCGGAACAGUACCGCUUCUGCUACGACCUGUCCCUGGAGUUCAUCGAGUCCUCCUAAACAAAGGAGAGAAGAAGAGCAGAAGAUCUUUUCACUUCCCACGUGUUGGAUCCUUUGCUUUCACUUGGUCCCGACUCCCCUCUGUGGCGGCCGUUCUGUAGCACCCAUUUUGCGUCCCUACAAGUGGAAAUCGGCUCCUUAAAUCCAAACAAAGGGAAACAGACUUUUAACAGAAGGAGUGCAACAGAGAGGGAGGUGUUACUCCUCUUACUCCUUUAUGCUUAUUGUACAGCUUUUUGAGUGCCAGUGGGGCCCUGUAUGUUUUGGGCCUCAUUUAAAUGUUUAGCCCCUCCCUCCCUCCCAUGGAUUUGAUGCCUCAUGCUGUUUCAGCUGCAGUACCCAAUGUGCACUGUAGAUGUCUCUUCCCCCCCCCCCCCCAACUGCAACCACAGCUUUUGAAUAACUGCAAGUUUUCAGUGGCCCCGCAUUCCUGCUCUCAUGCUCAUCAUUUGUGAGUAACUAGACAGUGUUGGCCAUCUCAUCAUGGUGAUGUUUGAAUAUUUGCAGCAAGUACUUUUGUAUAAGAACAAGAAACGUGAUGUUACUGCCUGGCCAAACUCUGUGAAUGCUUCUUUUUCUAAUCCAUACAUCAGCAGCAUCUUCCUGUUAUUUUCCUGAGUCAGAACAUUAUGUAUUUAAGUACAUGAAAGCCACUCUGAACCCAUUUUCAUUGGUUACACACACAGUAGGUUGUCAGAUAACAGAACACAUAGAAAACACCCUAAAUGUCAAUGUAAGAAUUAGACUGACAGUGGAACUAAAACAGGAAGUGUACAUGAGGAGUAGAAGGCUUUCCAUUGUAUUUUUUUUUACGACAUCAUGAAGUGGCAACUUGAAACAUGAUUAGUGUAGGAUUUUCACUAAAAUGUAUACGUUCAAAGAAAGUGUGAAAUGUGUCAUUGUUUAUGUUUCCCCGCAGUCACUUGCAGCGCUGAUUUGUUGCAUCUUUUAUCGAUCGACUGGAGAGAAGUUUUGAAGUCUUCUUUGUACCCUAAAUUGUAAAAAUUGGAACACUUAAGAUUUUUGGUCAACCAUGUCACAUUAGCAUAAUCAUGUUUGUUUCAGGGCCGGGCCCAAUGCACUUUCAAUUCAGCCAAUUCAAAAAUGGGAUGUUUCAUUUCAAAAAACCCGAGAAUGGAGAGAUUUGGGAAGUUCUAUUUUUGCUUUGAAUGGACUCGGAAGUGAACUGACCCCAGGCCUCGUUCGUUUUGUGCACUGGUUGCCAACACUUUUUGUUAUUAUUUUGUAGCUGAUGUUUAUUCAUAAGCCAAAGACUUUGUGUAAAUAUGUCUAUAUGGAUAAAGCACAUUGUUUGUAUUUAUUGUUUGUUUACUUGCAUUGCUUGUAAGAACAAUCAUUCUUCAUCCCAUGUUUACUCUGCCACCAGCGCUUCUUAAACUGCGAGUCGGGACGCAAAAUGGGCUGCCAGUCUGUUUCCUCCGGAGCGGUGAGAGCGUUAAGUAUGAUCAAACCAGCCCACAGAGGGUCCUGAGGUAAAAGGCUACAUCGGCUCAAUUUGGGUUUCGCGAAGAGAAGUUUAAGAACCCCUGACUGAAGCUGUAUAUUAAAGCAUUAGAAGUAGUUUUUCAGUAUCUAGGUGGAAUUCAGUAGUAUUGUCUUGUUUUCACUUAAUGAAACUCUCUGUGAUGUUACCGUGGUUUAUUUGUGUAAAAGCCCAUUGCUCUUGUUUGUGGUCAGUAGAACAUCGGUGCAUUUACAUGCACAGGGUAUUUUUGGAUAAUAGCUCCAAUGUCCUAGUCGGGAUAAGCUGUUUGUCCUCAUCAUAUCCUGCUCGCCAUUAUCCCUGAAUACACACGGACUGAGUGAUGCAAACAGGCUUAGUGAGUGAAACAUGCAGGAAUGUGAAACAAAAACAUGUAUUGUGCCUAAUCAUUUGAAUUUCCUUGUUUGAUACAAGCAUUUUAACAGUAUCUUAGAUCGCAAACCAGGGCUUUGUUGAAUGCGUUUCUCAUGGACGAUCAAUGUUUAAAGACCGUUUGGACCAUGACUCAAUGUGUUUUAUGAAUCACAAUGCUUCAUGAAUUCUUUGUGAGGCUUUGCGGUCUUACCAAAUAUCAGAUGUGUUUCUGUUGAGCUCAAGCGGAUUAAGAAAAAAAAAAAAAAUCUAAAUAACACACUUUAUUGUAAAUAAAAUGUCAGAGGUUCCACUUGGUUGGAAGAAGAGUAGCCCCGGGUCUACUGUUAAGGGUGUUAUUGUAAAUAGGCUAUCAUGAGAACUCUAAAAAGGCUCUAUUGUUGGAUGAACAGUAGAGAUGAUGGACACAAUGUCAGAACAUUAGUUCUGUUGUAGAUAAAAAAAAAAGUCAGAGAUUGUACUCCUGUAGGGCGCAACUUCAGAUUUUAACAGAUAUUGUUUUUAAAAAAAAGCAUAAAAGUGUCCUCUGAUUACAAAACUUUAUUCUUUUGGUGGAACAUCACAUUUCUGUUUAUUUCUGCAGAUUUGUGUCCGACCCAAAGGAGGGAGAGAGAACUCACGAUGGUAAUACAGUUUGCCAGUUGGAGUAAACGGAGUGCCAUCUCUAUAGCAUGCAGAGAGACAGAAAAGAAUGGCGAGUGUCAACAGACAAUUAAUGCAGUAAAUCAACCUUCUUAACUACACGCAUAAGGGAAAAACUAAGGAGCUAAUCAUGCUAAGAUGCCAAUAAUUCCUCCGUAAUAUAUCUGAAGUAAUGGCCCUCAAGAGUAGUGAAUGAAGCAGGUGUCUGGAUGAGAGGCCAGUCUUGAGUAUAGAUAUUCAUGGUUCAUAAUUAUUCUUGUCUGUAAUGUUUGGCUUCUUUGCUGUAAUAAAGACCACUUGUUUAAUUACAA